AUCUCUUAGCUUUCUUGGCUCCUCUGCCAGAAAGAAAAGCCACCAUGCGAUUUGCCCUCGUGCUUGCCCUCCUCGGUGCCUCUUCCGUCUUCACGACGGCCAGUGACCAGUCCGUGCAGACGUCCUCCGGACUUCUCAAUGGCGUCCGCACCAAGGUCUCCAACCUGGGUUACGUUCGGCAGUUCCUGGGCGUGCCGUACGCACAGUCCCCCAUCGGCCAGCUGCGGUUCGCCCCACCCUUUGCCCUCGGAGAAGAUGCCGCCAGCAGACGCCUGGACUCGAGCCGGCACGGACCGUCCUGCUACCAGCCGCCGCACAUGAAGGAGGUCAUCAGCGAAUUCCUGGACACAGACUCGGACGAGAUGAGCGAGGACUGCCUCACGCUCAAUGUUUACGUUCCCGAGGUGAAGGUCACCGACCGACUGCCGGUGAUUGUUUGGCUGCCCGGAGAAGGCUUCGAUUACGCCAUGGCUCGUCACUUUGACGGCAGCUACCUGGCCCUGCAGGGGAAGGUCAUCGUGGUGACGGUCAACUACCGUGUCUCGGCAUUCGGUUUCCUCAGCGCGCUCACCGCCGACGCUCCUGGCAACGUUGGGCUCUUGGAUCAGCGCAUGGCUCUCAAGUGGGUGAAGAGGAACGUCGCGCACUUCGGCGGGAACCCCGGCAAGGUGACACUAAUGGGCCGCUUCACGGGUUCCAUGAGCGCCAGCAUCCACCUGGCAAGUCCCAUCAAAGAAAGGCUUUUCGAGAAGGUCGUCUUGCAGAGCGGUAUUGCCGUCGGUGACUAUGUCUUCGACUCUGCACCCCUGAACGUCACCAGCAAACUCGCUCACGCAGUCGGUUGCCAUAGAGACUCUGUGGCCGACAUGGUCACCUGUCUUCAAGGCGUCCCUGCUGCAGAACUGCUCAACAACUCGCUCCGCACCGGGCUGUCCUUCCGACCCAUCUUUGAUGGCGAACUGAUUGUCGAAGAACCCAUGGCAGCUGUCAAGAAGGGCCGCCACCAAGCGGUUGACGUCAUCAUUGGUACAAACCAACACGAAGGGUCGUUGUGCUUGCUCACGCUGCAGCACCUCCAGUCCAACUUCUACAACCGCCUUGUCAAGGAUCAGCUGACGAUCGAAGAUCUCGACGAGAUGGUUCGCUACCAUGUGCACGACUUCACUAAGAACGAGCACGAAGCCCUCGCCAAGCUCGUCCUCCACGAGUACCGCUACCAGCACGCCAAGGAAGGCCUGCGCUCACAGUACGUCUACUUCUGCGGUGAUAUGUACAUCGCAUCCCAAGCGGAACAGAUGGCCAGGCUCCUGUCCCAGCACAAAAGAGGGUCGGUCUACCUGUACCAGUUUGCCCACCGGCCAUCUUUCUCGGCACAACCGGACUUUCUAGGCGCUGCGCACGGUGACGACGUCGUCUUCUCCAUGGGUCUUGUCCUCAAGCAGCGUGAUAUUACCAAACAGGAGGCGCUCCUCAGCAAAAGGAUGUCCCUCUCCCUUGGAAGCUUUGCUCUCAAAAGCAAUCCAAGCCUGGUCGAUGACCUCAACUGGCCCGAGUACAACCAAGAAAGCCAGCACGUGAUGCACUUCACCACAGGACGUUCCGUUGCCAGGCGUUCCAAGCUGGAUCGAGCCACUUCCUUUUGGCAAGAGAUCGUACCGCUGGUCGAGUCCAAGCUCAUCUCCUUGGCCAUCUACCAGCCAGCCAUCUCCGGGCGGGCUAUGGCCAUCACUUCAUCUAAGUCUUUUGUAAUCGAACGAGAACAGUUGGGCUCAUCGAAACUGUCUGAAAUGUUAACUUCGCCGGAGCGUCCUAUGGCAGCGAAGCAGACAGCAAUUUACAUCGUGGUAGCCAUGGCCGUCUGCAAUGUCGUUUUGCUAGUCGUGUCGGUUGUCAGUAUCACAAUGCUAUGCAGGCCUCUUUCCCGGUAUCACAACUUACAAAAACACUGAGCCAUUAACUCUUGUUACCACCCCUUUCAGGAGUUUUGAGAUUAUGUAUAUAGGUGUGUCAUUUCAUUUGUGCGGCAAACAUUAAGGCUUCCUGGGAAGAACCAUUUUUUCGGGCAUGACCAGUGUGCAGAUUCGUACAAUCUUUAUUUAUGAACAAACAUCAUUUCGUGGGCCCUUUGAAAAUUUAUUACGACCGCAUUAAGCCGUCGCAAUGAAGACUGUAGCAUUGUAGAUACAACGGCAUUUGAGAAGUAACUCUUCAUUGUAUAUAGAAUUGUAAAUAAGAAACAGAAAUUCAUCAUUCAACUGGCACGAGUACCAAAAUACCCAUCCGUCGUACGAAAUCGUGUUCCUUCUAGUCACAACACGAGAACGCGUGUCCUGCCAUCAAAACCAGAAAGAAACGAAGUUCAAGAUCUGUUGUGACAAUUUGUUGGAGUUGUCUACGCUCUCUGUACAUAUGAUCAUCGACAUCUUCCAUGCGAAAUAAAAACUGCAUCGCAUUUAUGACAAAUGAAA